GACGGGUCAACACAGGCUGCGUUCCGGUCCCUGAGGGCGACCUCAGACCGGCCCAUCGACACUGCUGCAGGGAGUCGGGGCCUUCCCAGAGCGGGACGUGCAGGCGCGCCGCGCCCGGUGUCCCGCGGAGGUCACGGGUCACAGGUCACCCGCGGAGGUCACGGGUCACAGGUGACCCUCAGAGGUCAGCGUGCCGAGACAAGAUGGCGUUCAGAGGGAUCCGGCGACUGCUGGUGCUGUCACUCCUGGGACUGCAGGCGACACAUCUGACAGGUGUAUCGGCCAUCCUCGUGGAGCGUCAGUGGGUCGCCUCAGACGAGUGGGCCGAGUCGCAGUGCCGCUGUGAGGGCGUCACCUGGCCAGAGAGGCACGUCGACUACGCCGACCCCGUCAAAGUGCUACCCGAUGGUCUGACCCACAUCGAUAUCGACGAGUUUAUCCAGCUAAGACAGCAAUUCCUCGAGCGUCUGCACGGCCACCACUUCACGGACCUGGGGGCUCGGGUGGACCAGGAGCUGGACAUCGCCUCAAACGACCCCAGUCACCCGCUGCGGGUGCUGGAGGACAUGGGCUCGGCCGAUUACGGGGAGUUUGCGCGCACGGCGCACCUGAUGGCCGACGCGUGGGGUCUGCGCCGCAGCCUGGCCGUCCAGCGCGGCUCGUUCCUCUCUUGGAUGAGGGUGCCCGGCGACCUGCUGAUGCCCUGCAUCUGUCCCACUGGAGCUGUAGUGGCCGUCAGCUUUAGGUUCCCAAACGAAGAGUUUGUGGAUGAAUUGAGGGAUCCGACCUCCGAGCAGUAUAUAACAUUUACGAACAACAUUCGCGAGCAGGUGGCCUCGGCGCUGGCUAAGGUGGAGCCUGCCAUCGUGGACCUGCACGUCAUCUCGCUGGAAGCCGGCUCCGUGGUCGUCAAUGCCGAUGUCCUGAUGUCCACCUCCAUGGACAAGGAGGCGGCUCUUUCCAAGGUGCAGGCGGCUCUGAACGCAGCUAGUGGCCAGACUAGCCCACCGAGUCUGGCAGGCAUGGAAGUCGACUCCGCCGGUUUCGUAUAUGAAGUGCUCGAGUGCGAGGAGUCCGCCCCCGCUCCGCCGGCUAACAUGGAGCGGUCGGUGCCGAGUCACCGCACUACGGGCACACGCGCCACCUACACCUGUUCACCGGGCUUCGAGUACCCCGACGGAAAGGCCUCCGAAGUGCUGACAUGCGACCAUGUGACCCGCACCUGGAGCAACGUGACCCAACUUUGCGAACGCCCGCGCACCACCACCACUGUGAGUGGUGAACGCACCACUGCCAGCACCACAACGGCGGCACCACCGGUCACCACCGAGGAGCCGGAGCUCGACUACCUGACCGUGGUCACCGUCCCAGCCACGGCCGGCCUGAUGACCUUUUUCUUCCUUUUGAUCUGGUGCGUUUCCACGAAAGGGCCGAUCUGCUCUUUGAUCACAGACAAGGAGAAGAAGAAAAACUCCCAAAUCCCUUAGAUAAAACAGCAACUACCUGUACAGUAAACAUUCAGGAAGAACGCAAUCAGAGCAGCUGUGCAACAAAAACCGUGUUUCAACUUUUCAGCUUUAAUCAUGUUACUGACGACUUUACUCUCACCCAGCUUUCUCUUUUUGUGACGACUAUAAAUAGCGAUGCUCUUGACGAGAUGUUUGUUCAAUGUUCACUAAACAUUUUUUUUUUCUCGGCGCUAUAAUCUGUUGUGAAAUAAACGUAGCUUUGACACUCA